GAGGGAGAUCAGUCAAACCAUCAGAGAGAGACAGAGUGUGACAGAGAUGAUUGAGACAAGUUGAGAAGGGUUACGGAUGAAUGGACAGACCUAGUCAACAGGAUUUUGAAGUCUUCGACAGACCUUUUGGAAUACCACCUUCAAUUUAAAGUACAAUUGGUUCAAUAAACUCUUGAAGCCACAAUGGCAGACAGCGGCAGUCCACCACUGUCGUCCUACAUCAUGGAUGAGGAAACUCUGAAGAGAAAACAAAAGGAGAAGCUAAAGAAGCUGAUGGCCACAGGAGGCAACCCGAGGCCUGCACGCUCUCUCCUCUUCUUGACACUGAGGAAUCCCUUCCGCAGGGCAUGCAUCAGUAUUGUGGAGUGGAAACCUUUUGAAAUCAUAAUCCUUGUGGCCAUCUUUGCCAACUGUGUGGCCCUGGCUGUGUACUUGCCCAUGCCUGAGGAAGACAGCAACAACACCAACAGCAACUUGGAAAGCCUGGAGUACAUCUUCCUCAUCAUCUUCUCGAUAGAGUGUUUCCUGAAGAUUGUUGCCUAUGGAUUUCUUUUUCAUGCAGAUGCAUACUUAAGAAACUGCUGGAACAUUUUGGACUUUGUUUGUGUAUCCGUUGGCUUGUUCACUGUGGUGGUGGAUGCCAUUAACCAUAUCAGUGGAGUGGAGGCUCCAGUAGGAGAGAAAGGUGGAGGCUUUGACAUGAAAGCUCUGCGGGCAUUCAGAGUUCUUCGACCACUUAGACUGGUCUCUGGAGUCCCGAGCCUUCAAGUGGUGAUGAACUCCAUCUUGAAGUCCAUGCUGCCUCUUUUUCACAUCACCCUACUGGUCCUUUUCAUGGUCACCAUUUACUCCAUUAUGGGAUUGGAGCUCUUCAAGUGCAAAAUGCACAAGACCUGCUACCACACAGGCACAAAUAUCAUUGCUACAGUGGAAAAUGAGAAGCCAGCUCCAUGUGCCCAAGCAGGGAAUGGUCGGCGGUGUACCAUCAAUGGCACAGAGUGUCGAGCUGGGUGGCCAGGCCCAAACCAAGGAAUCACCCACUUUGACAACCUAGGGUUUUCUAUGCUGACUGUCUACCAGUGUAUCACCACACAAGGUUGGACAGACAUCCUCUACUGGGUAAAUGAUGCUAUAGGAAUGGAAUGGCCAUGGAUCUUUUUCACCACACUCAUCCUGGUUGGCUCCUUCUUCGUGCUCAACCUGGUUCUGGGUGUGCUCAGUGGUGAGUUCACAAAAGAGCGAGAAAAGGCCAAGUCCCGUGGAGAGUUUCAGAAGCUGAGGGAAACCCAGCAGCUAGAUGAGGACCUGAAGGGCUAUAUGGAGUGGAUCACUCAGGCUGAGGUCAUGGACAAUGACCAGGAGGGACAGGGCCUGCUUAUCACAGAAAAUGGAGGAUCAGAGACCGGAAGUGUCGGCAAAAUGGACACAAUGCAGCUGAUCAUCUAUUACUAUAAGCUGGCUCGUAAGUGGAAUCGUUGGUUACGCCGUAAAUGCAGAGUUUAUGUUAAGUCCAAACUGUUCUACUGGUGGGUGAUCAUGCUCGUCUUCCUCAAUACGCUGGCCAUCGCAACCGAACACCACAAACAGUCUCAGAGUCUCACCAACUGGCAAGACACUGCCAAUAAGCUUCUGCUGUCUAUGUUUGCCCUGGAGAUGUUCAUGAAGAUGUAUGCUCUAGGCUUACCUUCUUACUUCAUCUCACUAUUCAAUCGCUUUGACUGCUUCGUGGUGUCCACUGGCAUUAUGGAGCUCAUCCUUGUCCACAGGUUUUUUUUUUUUUGGUUGCAUCGCUUCAUCGCACUGCUCAACGUUUCCAGAUACUGGACAUCUCUCAGUAAUCUGGUGGCUUCCCUCUUGAACUCGGUCCGUUCCAUUGCCUGCUUGCUGCUGCUCCUCUUCCUUUUCAUUGUCAUCUUCUCCCUGCUGGGAAUGCAGGUGUUUGGAGGGAAGUUCAACUUUCCUAACCAACCAAAACCCCGCAGCACCUUUGACAGCUUCCCUCAGGCCCUCAUCACUGUGUUCCAGAUCCUGACAGGUGAGGACUGGAAUGCUGUCAUGUAUGAUGGCAUCAUGGCUCAUGGAGGACCCACCAUGCCUGGUAUCCUAGUCAGCAUCUACUUCAUCAUCCUCUUUGUCUGUGGAAAUUUCAUCCUUCUAAAUGUCUUCCUGGCCAUUGCCGUUGAUAAUUUGGCAGAGGCUGAGUCUUUGACUUUGGCACAGAAAGAAAAAGCAGAGGAGAAAAAGCGCAAGAAAGCACUAAGGGCCAACAUGCCUGACAAGGCAUCAGAGGAGAAAGCCAAUCUGGCAAAGAAGUUGGCUGAGCAAAGGGCCAAGGGUGUAGAGGGCAUCCCUACAACUGCCAAGCUCAAAAUCGACGAGUUUGAGUCUAAUGUCAAUGAGAUCAAAGACCCAUUCCCUCCAGCAGACUUUCCUGGUGAUGAUGAGGAGGAGGACCCUAAUAUCCCAGAAAGCCCUAGACCUCGUCCAAUGGCAGAUCUGCAGUUGAAGGAGGAAGCGGUGCCGAUGCCAGAAGCCAGCUCGUUCUUCAUCUUUGGACCUCAGAACAAGUUCCGGAAGCUCUGCCAUCGUAUUAUCAAUGCGACUACUUUCACCAACAUCAUCCUCCUCUUCAUCCUACUGUCAUCAGUUUCUUUAGCUGCUGAGGAUCCCAUCGAUCCCAUGUCCUUCAGGAACCAGGUGUUGGCCUAUGCUGAUAUAGUCUUCACUUCGGUGUUCACAGCGGAAAUUGUGCUCAAGAUGACAACAUAUGGUGCCAUUCUUCACAAAGGGUCUUUCUGUCGGAACUCUUUCAAUAUCUUGGAUCUUCUGGUGGUCAGUGUAUCUCUCCUCUCAAUGGGCAUGGAAUCCAGUGCCAUCUCGGUGGUGAAGAUUCUCAGGGUGUUAAGGGUACUCCGGCCCCUAAGGGCCAUCAACAGAGCCAAGGGACUCAAGCAUGUCGUCCAGUGCGUGUUUGUUGCUGUAAAGACCAUUGGAAAUAUUGUGCUGGUCACCAUGCUACUGGACUUCAUGUUUGCGUGCAUUGGAGUCCAACUUUUCAAAGGCCAGUUCUAUGCCUGCACAGAUCCUGACAAAAUGACUGAGGAAACAUGCAAAGGCUGGUAUAUAAAGUACCAGGAAGGAGCACUUCAUGAAAUGGAGGUCCAAAAAAAAAAAAAAAAAAAAAAAAAAAAAAAUUUUUUUUUUUUUUUUUUUUUUUUUUUUUUUUUUUUUUUUGUGUUUUUUUUUUUUUUUUUAUUUUAUUAUAUAUAAAAAAAAAAAUAAAAUAAAAAAAAAAAGGGAGGGCGGGGCACAACACCAAAAAGGGCCUUUUUAUUUUUUUUUUUUUUUUUCCUUAUUCUUAUCGCCUUCUUCAUGAUGAAUAUUUUUGUGGGCUUCGUCAUCGUCACCUUCCAGGAGCAAGGAGAGCAGGAGUAUAAGAACUGUGAGCUGGACAAAAACCAGCGCCAGUGUGUGCAGUAUGCUCUUAAGGCCCGACCACUGCGAUGUUAUAUUCCCAAGAACCCCUACCAGUAUCAGGUGUGGUACAUCGUCACCUCCUGCUACUUUGAGUACCUCAUGUUCCUCCUUAUUAUGCUCAACACCAUGUGUCUUGGAAUGCAGCACUGUAACCAGUCGGCUCACGUCACUCACCUGUCUGACAUGCUCAACGUGAUUUUCACUGUGCUCUUCACUGUGGAGAUGAUCCUUAAACUCAUGGCCUUCAAAGCAAAGGGUUAUUUUGGAGACCCAUGGAACGUCUUUGACUUUGUCAUCGUCAUUGGAAGUGUCGUGGACGUGAUGUUGAGUGAAAUUGAUGCAGCACUGGCCUCCUCUGGAGGACUUUACUGUCUCCACGGCUGCACUGCAGUGGAUCCCAUGCAAGCAAUUGCGUCUUCUGAGAACAUGAGCGUAUCAGUCACAUUCUUCAGACUGUUUCGUGUCAUGCGUCUAGUGAAACUUUUGAAUCGCUCUGAGGGGAUACGGAAUCUUCUGUGGACCUUCAUCAAAUCCCUUCAGGCUCUUCCAUACGUGGCCCUGCUCAUUCUCAUGCUGUUCUUUAUAUACGCUGUGGUUGGAAUGCAGAUAUUUGGUAAAAUUGCAUUGGUAGACGGCACAUACGUCAACAGAAACAACAACUUCCAGACAUUCCUACAGGCUGUGCUGCUGUUAUUCAGAUGUGCUACAGGGGAGGCAUGGCAUGAAGUGAUGUUAGCGUGUAUGUACGGCAAGAAGUGUGAUCCCAAGUCGGACUACUUACCUGGGGAAGAGUACACCUGUGGAUCCAACUUUGCCAUCAUCUACUUCAUGAGUUUCUACAUGCUCUGUGCCUUUCUGAUUAUCAACCUAUUUGUGGCUGUCAUCAUGGAUAACUUUGACUACUUGACUCGAGAUUGGUCUAUCCUUGGACCACAGCACUUGGAUGAGUUCAAGAAAAUAUGGGCAGAGUAUGAUCCUGAGGCUACGGGCCGUAUUAAGCACCUUGAUGUGGUCACACUCCUACGAAGAAUACCUCCUCCUCUGGGUUUUGGCAAGUUUUGUCCUCAUCGUAUCGCCUGCAAGAGGUUGGUCUCCAUGAACAUGCCUCUCAACAGUGAUGGAACAGUCACCUUCAACGCCACACUGUUUGCCCUGGUUAGAACUGCACUGAAAAUAAAGACAGAAGGUAAUUUUGAACAAGCCAACGAGGAGCUGAGGGGUAUUAUCAAGAAGAUCUGGAAGCGCACCAGUAUGAAACUUCUGGAUCAAGUCAUCCCACCUAUAGGAGAUGAUGAGGUGACAGUGGGAAAGUUCUAUGCCACUUUCCUAAUUCAGGAUUAUUUCAGGAAAUUGAAGAAGAGACAGGAAGAGUACUAUGGCUUCCGGCCCACCAAGAAAAGUGCCACCCAUGAGAUACAGGCGGGGUUGAGGAACAUCGAGGAGGAGGGCGUUCCAGAGCUCCACAGGGCCAUCUCCGGAGACCUUGUGACCGAAGAAGAGAUUGACCGAGCUGUUGACGAAGCUGGGGAGAGCAUCUACAGGAGACAAGGUAGUCUUUUUGGAAACCACUCUGACCCUUUUUCUGUGGAGAGUGAGAUAGCCGAUGCUACCCAGGCCGCUAGCCAGCGCCCACUGCAGAUGGCAGAAGGAGUCAACAACAAUAUCACCAACAGCCACGCAAGUCACAGCCUUUAUCAAUAACAGUAGUUUUGGAAGAAUCAGCCUGUGACCGUUGAUGUCCGUCAGAAUUCUUCAGAGCCAUGACCUUUGACUUUGGCAAAAUGGAGAUGGCAGGAGCUUCUCAACAGAUCCAAAGAAGAGACUGUGAUGAAAGGGGUUGCCAAGGCUGCCAACCCUGCCAAAACACCACUUGCAACCAGUGUAGAGCAUUAAAAAUACUGCCUGUUCUGGAUGGACUGAGAUUAACACGGAUUCUAUAAGGACUUUAUCUGUUCUCUGCUGUCCUGCUGGGACUUACUCUGUUGGUCUCUUUCCUCUUUUGGGAAUAAUGUAAAAGUAACCUGUAACAAGUUAUUUAACUAUCGAUAUUGACUUGUUUUUUCUUCUUUGUACUUUAUUACCCUCAGUGGUAAACUUAAAAAUAAAGUAUUAAAGAAAACACUGCCUGUCACAGAAAGAUUUACCUUUACUCUUUUGUCCUUUUGUUUUUCUUACCCUUAUUUUGUCACAUCUAUAAAAACAGGAGCGUUAAUUGAAAGGUAUUUAUUUUAAACGAAAUAUCAGAAUAAUUGAAGAAUGGAAAUCUUACUACAUACUUUUAAAGUGCUCAUAUUAUGCUCAUAUUCAGGUUCAUAAUU